AUGGAAUUAUAGCCAGCAGAAUAACAAAACGAUAUCAUAAAGCUAGCAAAUUAAAACUCUAAUGAAGCGCAAAGUUUUAAAGCAACUAUACCAUCUGUUAUUAAGGAUGAUGAGUAAUAAAACAACUAACAAGUAGUUAAAGGAAGUACUGUUUUAGAGGCUACUGUGAAUAUGGUAAAAAGUGGACUUGGAACUGGUAUAUUGUUCUAUCCAUCAGUCUUUAAGAGCUGCGGAAUCAUUUUAAGUAUAAUUAUGAUGAUACUUUUUGGUCUUUCUUGCUAUUUCUGCUGGUUGAUUCUCAGCAAAGUUAUAUGCUUUUAAGAAAGUCUCAACAGAAAAGACCCUAACAACUAAAAUCUUACAUUAGAAAGGGCAGCAGGUAUAUUGUUCAACAAGAAAGUUAAAAUAUUUUUAGAAGUUAUUACUAUGAUAUACGCAUACGGUACAGCUAUAGGAUAUUGCAUUUUCGUUAAGGACUCUACUAAAGAUUUAGCAGGAGAACCUCUAUAUGUUAUUUUAGUCAUGUUUGCUAUUUACCUUCCACUCUCCUUAUACAAACACAUACAAAAGCUUGUAAUUUUUAAUUACUUAGGUUUAACUGCUUUAUUCAUAGCUAUUGGUACUAUUAUAGUUAAAUCCAUAAUUGCCAUGAACGAUUUUGGUAGUAAUUUUCCUUCAUAUAAAUACUUUGAAUUUUCUCAAAUUCCUCUUUAAUUUGGAGUCUUUUCAUUUGCAUAUGAUAUUAAUGGUGUUAUAACUGAAAUUCAUGCCUCCAUGGAAGAAAAAUCUAAAUUUCCAACAGUGCUCAGAAGAUAUCUCACCAUUUCUUGCACUUUGGGAAUAGUUGUAGGAGCAUUAGGGUAUCUGGCUUUUGGAGAUGAAACUAAUGAUAUUAUUUUUGUAAAUUUUGGCUCUAUGAAUGGGUAUGGUGAUGUUAUUUCUGUUUUAUAUGGUAUUGCACUUACCGCUGGUAUUCUUAUGUUUUGUUUCCCUAUAGGUUAUCACCUAGACAACUUUAUCAAAGUCUUCAUACUUAAAAAACAUACAGAAGAAACUAAUAUAAUAUAAAUGAUUUUAACUAGAACAGCAAUUUUCUUUUCUUUUGGCAUUUUAUCAAUUUAUAUAUCUGGUAUUAGUUCAAUCUUCAAUCUAUUAGGAUGUGUUUUUUGCACUGUUUUAACAUUCACAACACCUUUCCUACUUCUCAAGAGAGCUUAAAUUAAGGAGUUGAUAUUGAUCGCAUUGUCAACAAAGGAAACUUAAUCUGACAAAGAAGCUCAAAAUAUUUAUUAAAACAUACAGGAAGAAAAAUGCACUUAAAAAACUCUUCCAAGGGGUAAAACACUAGACAUAAUUUGCAUAAUAGUUUUCUUGUUUGGUCUUGUUGGUGGUAUUUCAGGAAUAGUUUCAACAAUAAUCUAAUUAUAAUAAGAGUACUCCUGA